AUGGAUUGGAUUCCUAUGGACGGUUCAUUCUCAAAGAAUACAGAUAGUUCAAGUGCAACAUUUACAGCAGCUUAUACGCCUAUUAAUGUUAAAAGUAUUUGGGCACUAUUUAGAAAGAAAGACAACUAUUAUGUUAAUUUUGAGAACCCUAAGUUUAAAUAUCUUCAGCUUUCCAUGGGAGCUUAUGGAAAUAUGCCUGCAGAACCUGAAAAAUCAUAUGGACCUGUAUUUUAUGAAAUGGUUGCGAACGCUUGCAAUACAAACAAUGAUAUGAUUGGAUUUAAUGAAGAUGUUAUGAGGUCAUUGGUGGAUGAUGGUAGUGUGGAACAUAAAUGGGAUAGCUAUGACAACACACAUUUCUUAUGUGGUUUUCCAACAGGAGUGGACUUUUGCUUCCAGCAAGGUCAAACAUCUACUGCUCCAAUAACAUACAAAUUGUCUGUUAAAGGACCUAUUGAACUAGCAACUGAAAAUGUACCAAAGCCACUUAUUGGAUUUAUGAGGGAUUGUUGCUUUGCCAUUCAGGUGCGUGCUAAUGGCAUCCCCAUAAUAAGAUUACAUGACUAUAACUUAGCUACGGACGACGGUGAGGAAUAA